AUGUCACAAAAAACAAAGAAAGUUGGAAUAGUUGGAAAAUACGGAGUCAGAUACGGAGUGUCUCUUCGUAAGAGAGUGAAGGUGUCAGAAAUCACCCAGCACGCAAAAUACACAUGCGACUUCUGCGGAAAGAAGAACGUAAAGAGAGAAGUAGUUGGCGUCUGGAAGUGCAAAUCAUGCAAUGUCGUAGUAGCUGGCGGUGCUUACAACAUCGUAACAGUUGCAGGACAGUCUGCAAAGAGUCAGAACCAGAGAUUGAAAGAGCUUACACAGAACUAA